GCUGGGGAGGCCGGUUGUGGAGGCCGGUUGCAGGAGCGCACAGCAUCGCGGUGAACUGCCAAAGAAGUUGCGCAUUUUAAGCGGUGACACACUUGUGAUUUUUUUGUUCCAAAGGUACAAUCCAGCUCCUUGCAAAGGGGAAACACAGAGAGAUCCGUUGAAGUUACCUGUGUGGUCUCAGUAGAUCAAAGCGAUUGAACAAAUCUCGUGGCAUUGGUGUGUUUGCGGGCUCAAUUGUUUCUGUUAGAUUUGUUUUCUGUUUGCGUUUAGGGAGUUGAUAUCUCUCACAGGAGGUACAGAGGCCUGAGCAGUGUUCUCAGAAGAAGGAGAACAACAACAGCACACAUACACGGGCGCUACGGGCUAGCGCACGUUCACCAUGGUGGAAAGGCCAACGCACCCUUCUAGGGGGUCCACGCCGUCCGUUAUCGUAAGCGACCUGGAUGAUGUACCCAUUGAGGUUAUCGGACCAUCUCAAGACCUCGAUGACUCGGAUCCACAUAAAGAUUUGGCACAGGCCAGCGGCAAGAACCCGAGUAUACUGCUAGAGCUUGACCUGGAUGGCAAUGUGAGACACCUGAGCAAGGCGUGGGAGUCCGUUGUGGGGACCCGUAUUGCUAAGAUCAUCGACCGCCCGAUCUCGAAUAUAAUUCUGGGCUCUGAGGAGGAUAAACAUGUGUUUGUUGACGCCACAGGGAUCAUGAUGGGGGAUGACGAGAGCUACAGAGUGCGGUUUGUCGUGUCCACAAACGACGCACUGCCAGACGAAGAAGAUAUUGAUCAACAGGCCAGUGAAGGAGAGGAGACGACGGCAGAAGGGGAGCACGCAGACAGUGCUGAUACCGAUUCCCAUAGUGAUGCUGAAGAAGUUGGUUCAACUACGGGAAGCACAUACUCCACUGAGGAGUCAGGCACUGACGAAGAGUCUUUGAGCUCACUGUCCACUAAUGGACAAGUCAUUGAACUUGAAGGCCAGGGAAUCCUGAUCCAUAACAGCAAAGGUAUUCCAACACAUUCUAUGUGGAUAUUGAAACCAUUCUAUGCAAAUUCUUUGAAUGUCAAGCUUCCAUCAAAACUCGCAGAUUCACUAGGAUUCGGUGCUGAUAUUUUUGCAUCUUUCUUGCAAUCACUCUCCGAUUAUGGUAUCAUCAAUGAAGAAGACGUGCCCUCACCACCACACGUAUUGUGCCGUAUAUGUGAGCAGCCUGUGCCAUCGUGGUGGCUAGAAAGACAUUCUCAACUUUGCUAUAACGAGCACAAAUGCCAAAGUGACGUUGAAAUGGUUCAUGACAUGCUAAUAGAGCAGAAGAAACUUAUAGGCGUCUUAACAGACUCUCUACAUGCCCAAUCUUCAGGAUCCGUGGGAUCCGUUGACAACUACAAAGGUGAGCCAUUGCCUCAUGUUUCUACUAUCGAGUCAAACAAGUCUUCUAGUCCAAUAUCUAGAAAACCAAGAUCAGGGUCCAUAAUGAGACCGCUUCGGUUUCCAUUUAAGACCCUCUCUCUUCUGAACGAACUUUGCGAGACUGCAAUUGCCAUCAAUCCAAGUGAUUUCGACGAGGAUACAAACACCUUUACAUUUUCACCAAAUACAAAGAAGGCCCUGGAUGAAGUUGAUGCUUAUACAAUCCCUUCUUCUUCGGAUCCAGCAAUCAGUCUUUUGACAGAAGAUACGGAAAAACUUGUCCAAGAGAAAGUGGACGCUAUUGAUAGACUUAACAGUUCUCUUGUCUAUUCACAGAAGAUCAAAGAUGAAGUCGAUGAGUUGAUUCUCCAGAUAAUUACAGACACUAUCAGAAAUAUUAGAAACCAAACUUCUGAUGUCAAACCACCAGUAUCGAAUCGUGGUCCUUCUGUCACAUCAUUAGACCAUUCUUCUGAUGUAUCUUCGCAGGCUACAAAUAUCGCCUAUCCGAGACCUGUAUCGGUUCACACGAAUAUAUUCACUGAUGCUUAUCUCGGCACAGACUCUUUGCCAAGUCCCACAGCUUCUCAUAGAGAGGAUCUUUCCGAAAACAAAGGCCGCUUCUCUCCAGCAAGAUCAAUCACACCAGGAACGGAAGCUGUAAUAUCAGAUAGUUCAGCUGUGGAACAACAGGUUGUAUUUCCAGGCUUCUCAGAGCUUCAUGUCAAGAGUCCUUUGUUGACACCUCAGCGGAAGCCGUCACCAGGGAUCGGCCAACCUUUCCAGAACUCACCAAUGAGCUCAAUACAACGUAAUAGUCGAACCUAUCCGCAUGACAGUAUGUCUGGCACUCCGAUCUCUUCACCGUUACUGUUGGCACACGAAAGUGUAAUGAUGGAGAAGAAAGGAAGUUACAAUGAACAGUUACCCGUAAGCUCGAUAAAGCCUCCACUCUCUCCAUUACUUGUUGGAAUGCCUGUUCCAAAACCUGUUGCGCCAUCAAUAAAAGACUAUGAAAUUGUGAAACCUAUAAGUAAAGGUGCAUUUGGAAGUGUCUAUCUUGCUAUAAGGAAACUCACAGGAGAGUAUUUUGCUAUCAAAGUGUUGAAGAAGUCUGAUAUGAUUUCAAAAAACCAAGUUACAAACGUGAAAGCAGAACGUGCAAUCAUGAUGGCACAAUCCGACAGUCCUUACGUUGCAAAGUUGUUUUCAAGUUUUCAGAGUAAAGAUUAUCUCUUUUUGGUCAUGGAGUAUCUGCCUGGAGGUGAUUGUUCAACCCUUGUAAGAAUGUUAGGUGGUCUUCCAGAAGAAUGGUCAAGGCAAUAUAUCGCUGAGGUGAUUGCUGGUGUUGAUGAUAUGCAUCAAAAGGGUAUCGUCCAUCAUGAUUUGAAACCGGACAAUCUUUUGAUAGAUUCCAGUGGUCACUUGAAGUUAACCGAUUUUGGCCUUUCCCGCAUGGGAUUGAUUAGACGUCAAGAGAGAAUUGCUGGCAAAGGAUCGGUUAGUGAAGAAGCCUUUGGCCAAUCCACGAUGCCUACUGCCCACAGGCAACGCAGCGAUUCUAUCAGUGCUCUUGCUUUAUCAGGGAGUGUUAGCGAAUCGGCUUCUACCAGUCCUAACCAGAGCUUUUUUGAAAGCAUUAUCAAAAAUGAAAUACGGAAAGGAUCUGGAAGUUCUAUGUUUGGAUCAACUCCAGGAUCAAAUCACAGUUCAAACCCAGGAUCUAUAUCAGCUACAAUACCUGAUACUUCCGGUACAGUGAAGCCGAUGCAUAGAUCUUCCUCUCAUACGUCAUUUGUGAUACAGGAUUAUGAGACACCGUCUCCUGCUUCUACAGGCUCUAAAAACUUCGUACUCUUUGAUCCAGAGAACACUUCUAAGAAUAAGAAGUUUGUUGGAACUCCUGACUAUCUUGCCCCAGAAACCAUUCGUGGCACUGGAGAAAGUGCUGCAGCUGAUUGGUGGUCUGUUGGGUGUAUUUUGUUUGAGUUUAUAUUUGGUUAUCCUCCUUUCCACGCAUCUACACCGGAAAAAGUAUUCCAGAAUAUUUUGAAAGGAGAGAUUCACUGGCCUGAGCUGAGUGCAGAGGAAGAACUCAAGCUUUGUUCUCCUGAAGCCAAGGAUCUCAUAUCGAAGUUAUUGACAAUGGACCCUGAAAAGAGACUAGGGUCUAAUGGUGCCGAAGAAAUAAAAAACCACCCCUAUUUUAAAGGAGUCAAUUGGGAUGAUCUUUGGAGAGCAGAGAGUGGAUUUGUACCUAUGCUUGAUGAUCCUGAAAGUACAGAGUAUUUCGAGUCAAGAGGCGCUGAUAUGAUUGAAUUUCCUAUGGAUGAUGAACCAAGUUCAAGCUCAGAGGCAUCGAGAACAGAUAAAGUUACUUUAAAGAAAGAACACGGCGGCACUACUUCACAAGGGUCACCAUCCUCUGCAAAUUCACCCACAAUGGGCAAGAACCACUUAUCCUUGGCUAUUCCAAUUCAUCUACGUGAGAGAAGACCGAGUAGAUUGAGUGAUGGCUCGAACGAGUUCGGCUCAUUCCAGUUUAGAAACUUACCUGUGCUGGAUAAGGCCAAUAAAGAUGUGAUAAACAGAAUCAAAGCAGAACACAUGGAGCAUAGAAGCAGCUUCUCGAGCUCGUCCUCUGAUUCCAGACAUCAUUCAAUGACGUCUCCGUCGGCAUUUAAGAGGUCAUCUUCACCAUCGAUCGCUAGAUCACACUCCCCUGGUCGAGUGAUUGCCCAGCACGCAUCUGUGACGCAAACACCACCUCCUGUUGCUCUUUCCUCAGCUGAUGACUACCCCUUUUAUGAAACAUCUGGAAGAUCUACGCCAAGUACCGAUUCUGGCUCACCAUCCACAAGGGCAUUUUCCAAGCCACUUACUCCAAACUCGGGUUAUGGACCAGGCCAUUCAAGAGGAUCAAGAUCCGGAUUAUUCCACAAGCCCAUGUCCGAGUUUUCGCCUUCAAGUUCAGAUAACGAAGACUCGAGGACCUCUGCUCUCGAAAGAGUUAGACGCAGAAGACAAUCCUCGAAGAUGUCCGAGAGGUCUGGGUCUAAGGUCCACAUGCUUGACGUGUUGCUGUGUGAGUCAAUCCCCAUUCUACGGUACUCUCUGAAGAAGGAUCUCGAGAGUCUUGGGUGUGCUGUUGUAGCCGUGAGCGCAGGCGAUGAGUUGAUAAGAAGGGCGUCCGGAUCCGUCAAAUUCGACUUGAUCAUCACCACUCUUCGUGUCCACAGAGUCGAGGUUGUUGACAUCGUGAAGCUGCUGAGACACACCUCCAGUGUGAACUCGGACACUCCCGUCGUUGCGGUAACAGUGUACUACAAGGAAGCCGUCUCUUCGGGAUACUUCAACGACGUGCUGGAGAAGCCUGUCAACAAGAAGCAACUACAAACCGUACUGGAGAAGUACUGCCACAACCAUUCUCACACUGAAGAGGCCAUCUCAGACUCGGAAUCAGAAGCUGUUCCCAACAGCAACAAGAGCCACAGCAGCUCCGACGCACACGAUAAUACAGUACGCAAGCACUGAGAACCACAUCGCACUCACUACAUUAUGACUCACUACACGACACCUCCGCUUGGAACAGAGACAAUCGAUGUAGGCCUUGUAGCUCAUGACCCACACCGUGAAGAGAGGCUCAAAUCAGCAAAUCACAGCAUGGC